AUGGCGCGGGAAACCCGGGAAGAUCCGGAGAUGGAGGUCUGCGAGGCAACUUCUCCAUCCUCUCUGAAGCUCUAUGAGACACAGUUUUUCGGUUUCACGCCGCAGACCUGCAUCUUGCGGGUGUGCAGCGCCUUCCAGGACUGCCUGUACGACAUCUUGCCGGUCGUGGAGAAGGUGUGUGUGCGGCAGCUGCGUAAAGGCGGGUCGGAGAACGAGGAGCAGCUCCAGGCCUGGGCCCGGGACUGCAGCCUCAAGCUUCAGCGCUUCCUCGUAGAGCGGUUCAAGCACCUGUCGGGGCGGAUGGAGGCGCUUCUGGCCAGCCACUGCUUCUCUGUGCCGCCCAAUGUCCUGCUGCCCGAGGACCGGUCUCACAAAGACUACCCGCAGGACUUCCAGGAGGUGCUGAAGCUUGAGUCGUCGCUGGACGACCUUCACAAAGCCUACGAAGCAGAAGUUUGCGCCCGACAGGCCCUGCUGGCUGAGCUGGAGGAGCAGAAGGAGGUGCAGGCACAGCUGGAUCGCACACUGGAAUGGAUGAGAGAGCUCCGGGCAGCCUGGGUGAAGGAGGGCAACGGCAACUUCGACCAAAGUUUCCGACUGGUGAUGGAGUCCUUACAGAAGCUGCAGGAGGCCGUGGGCGAGGUGCAGGUCUGCAGCAGAGGGCCUCACUGAGCCCAGCUCAGAUUCACGCACUGAUUGCAACACACAUUCCUUUCAGAACUGUGAUUAAAAAAAUGACUUCUAAGAUGAUUUUCAAGUAAGGUGUGUCAACAUUUUUACUGUCUAGAUUGCUGUCAACUUUUUAAAAAACAAAUAAUUUGGAAAUUAAAAAGAAGAAUCGCUAACAUAUUUUCAAACACGGUGAUUCUAUGGAGGGGAAAACAUUUGCUCUGUGGCCUACUGCACAUUUAAAGUGAUUUUUAACGUUGUACCGGAAUAUAUAUUUAAACACAGCCGCUGGGACUUCAUAGCCAUUACAGCUAAAACUGUGUGUGCAGGGUGGAAUGCAACACAAUGCAUGUUUGAUUUAGUAUUUUAAGAUGAGAAAUUACCAACAGAUUCAAAAUGUUUGAAGGGCUGAAAACAGCAGCGGCCAUUUUUGUACCGCAGAUCAAUGACAAGCUGCUGCAGUGUGAAGUCCUUCUAUUGACUGGCAGUUGACAUCAGUCUGACCACUAAAGGCUGCUUGGUGCAUUCAGAAGCCAACGUCCACAAACAGACUGUCGUAAAGCAGGAAGGUGAACACACCUCAAGGUGCCGGCCUGUGUUUCUUCAUAUGAAUUUCAUUUUGAAGGAAAUUUAAAAAGAAAAAAUGACACCGCUCAAUUUUUGCUUUCCAAAGAAAGGAAAAUGGAAAAUUCUGUGAUUUGUAUUAAAACCUACUUCUCCAUGUUAUGUUAUCCACCAACUUUUUGCAACA